UUGGCGGAGGCGCGGUCGAUCCUGGGCCUGGCAUUCCCGAUGGCGGCGACGGGGCUCCUGCUCUACCUUCGCUCCAUGGUGUCCAUGCUCUUCCUCGGCCGGCUCGGCCGCCUCCCCCUCGCGGGCGGCGCCCUCGCCAUCGGCUUCGCCAACAUCACCGGCUACUCCGUCCUCUCCGGCCUCGCCAUGGAGCCCGUCUGCGGCCAGGCUUUCGGCGCCCGCCGCCACGCCCUCCUCCGCAGCGCCCUCCGCCGCACCGUCCUCCUGCUCCUCCUCGCCUCCGUCCCCAUCGCCGCCUUGUGGCUCGCCAUGCACCGCACCCUCCUCCUCUUCCGCCAGGACCCCGACAUCACCGCCGCCGCGCAUUCCUACAUCCUCGCCUCCCUCCCCGACCUCCUCCUCCAGUCCUUCCUCCACCCCAUCCGCAUAUAUCUCCGCACGCAGUCCAUCACCCUCCCCCUCACCGCCGCCGCCGCCGCCGUGCUCCUCCUCCACCUCCCCGUCAACUACCUCCUCGUCAGCGUCCUCGGCCUCGGCAUCCGCGGCGUCGCCGUUGCCUCCGUCGUCGCCAACUCCAACCUUCUAAUCUUCCUCCUCCUCUACGUAUACUUCUCCGGCAUCUUCCGCCGCACCGACGACGACGGCAGCGGCGACGACGAAACCAAAGCGGCGGAGAGAUUCGGAGAGUGGAGAUCGCUGCUCAAUUUGGCAAUCCCGAGCUGCAUUUCGGUGUGCCUGGAGUGGUGGUGGUACGAGAUCAUGAUCCUCCUCUGCGGCCUCCUCCUCGACCCCAAGUCCGCGGUGGCGUCGAUGGGGAUACUGAUCCAGACCACGUCGCUGGUGUACAUAUUUCCCUCCUCGCUUAGCUUCGGUGUGUCGACGCGCGUCAGCAACGAGCUCGGCGCCGACCGCCCGGAGCGCGCGCGCCGGGCGGCCGAAGUCGGGCUGUCCUGCGGGGCCGCAAUUGGCGUCGCAGCACUCGGCUUUACGCUGGCGGUGCGGAAAGUAUGGGGGAGGAUGUUCACGGAGGACGCCGCGAUUUUGGAGCUGACGACAGCGGCGCUGCUGAUGGUGGGGAUGGCGGAACUGGGGAACUGCCCGCAGACGGCGGGGUGCGGGGUGCUGCGGGGAAGCGCGAGGCCGCGGGCAGCUGCGAACGUCAACAUGGGGGCGUUCUACGGGGUCGGGAUGCCGGUGGCCAUUGGGCUGGCCUUCUGGGGCGGGCUAGACUUCCGGGGGAUGUGGUUCGGGAUGCUGGCGGCCCAGGCGGCCUGCGCGGCAAUGAUGCUGGCUGCCGUCAGGAGGACGGACUGGACAAUGCAGGCUGAGCGGGCACAGCGGCUGACGGGCGGCGGCAAUGGUGGCGCCGUCAAUAUGAUCAACAGCGACAGCGACGGCGACGGCAACGGCGCCGUGUGUGACAAGGAUAGAACAGUAAGAUCGGCAACGGAGGAGGGAGAUGAGAAAACCAACGUGGAUGUUGUUCUUGUCGUUAAUUGUUGAAGAUUGAUUUACCUGGGGGUACUUGUUGAAGCUAGAUUGAUUUAAUUGGGGUGGACUAACUUGUGAUACUCUUUUUUCUUUUUUCUUUUUUCUUUU